AUGCAAACCUCGGAUGCAUCGAGCAUCCCGAACAGUUCGCGUCUGAUCCCGCCUUCCAAAUACAACUUGAACGGUGACACCGGUUUCUCCCACGGCGCUUAUCACUCCAACCAUAAUACCCAAGGUUUCUCUAACCGCUCGCGUCGCGCCAAUAUCCCUGCUAUAAAUACUGCCGCCGGCCAACCCGCCGAUAUGAAUUCCGGCUUCGAUAUGAACUUCACCCCUCUCCUGCCAUCGCAGUUACUCGUUGGCAGUCCCUUCCAGCCUGGAACCCCAUCCGCCUUCGCGUCCCCCCAGUUUGCGAAUUUCGGUGGCUUCCCACAAGUCAAUGCCAACGGACACAAUCAAAAUUCCCAUCUGGGUAGCCCGACCCAAGGGAUGCAGAACCACGGUCUGUACGGCGGGAUGAUGUCGGAUGGUUUGGGCGCGCCCCAACUGAUGAGCCCCCAGUCGCCGAUUAACGGCAUGGGUGGAUUCGGUAAUGCGGCCCUUGGUCCUGCGUCAUCAGUCUCGCCGGGAAUUAUCUCGGGAACCAGUCGCACCGUGUAUUUGGGAAACAUCCCCGCUGAAACAAGCGCCGAGGAAAUCCUGAAUCACGUGCGCAGCGGACAAAUCGAGUCGGUGCGUCUUCUCCCCGAUAAGAACUGCGCUUUCAUCUCUUUCUUGGAUAGCAGCUCCGCAACCCACUUCCACUCAGAUGCCAUCUUGAAGAAGCUGGCCAUCAAGGGAAAUGAUAUCAAGGUAGGCUGGGGCAAGCCUUCGCAGGUCCCAACCUCCGUUGCGUUGGCCGUCCAGCAGUCUGGUGCCUCCCGCAAUGUUUACCUUGGAAACCUGCCGGAGGAGACUGUGGAGGAUGACUUGCGUGAGGAAUUAGGCAAGUUUGGUCCCAUUGACACUGUCAAGAUUGUCAAGGAAAAGGCAAUUGGUUUUGUCCAUUUCCUCUCGAUUAGUCAUGCUAUGAAGGCUGUGGCUCAACUCCCCCAGGAGCCACAAUGGCAGGCCCCCAAGCGCGUCUUCUACGGCAAGGACCGUUGCGCAUAUGUCUCCAAGACACAGCAGCAAAAUGCCGCACAGUUCUUGGGAAUUGCACCAGGUUACGCUCACGUCCUAAACUCUGCUGACCGCGACUUAAUUUCGAAUGCGCUCGCUCAACAGUCCGUUGCAGCAGCCGCGGUAGCCACCACCGCGGGCGGCGUCAGCAACCUGGGCAACCGAACAAUUUACCUCGGAAACAUCCACCCGGAAACUACCAUUGAGGAGAUUUGCAAUGUGGUCCGGGGAGGUCUCCUCCACCAUAUACGUUAUAUCCCCGAUAAGCACAUCUGCUUUGUGACCUUCAUUGAUCCUACCUCCGCUGCCUCCUUCUACGCCCUCAGCAACCUGCAGGGUCUCAUGAUCCACAACCGACGAUUGAAGAUUGGUUGGGGUAAGCACUCCGGUCCACUCCCACCGGCGAUUGCACUGGCAGUCAGCGGUGGCGCAUCCCGAAAUGUGUACAUUGGAAACUUGGAUGAGACAUGGCCAGAGGACCGUCUCCGCCAGGACUUUAUGGAAUACGGCGAGAUUGAAUUGGUCAACACCUUGCGGGAGAAGAGCUGUGCAUUCGUCAACUUUACCAACAUCGCCAACGCCAUCAAGGCUAUCGAGGGCAUGCGCAACCGGGAAGAAUAUAGACGAUUCAAGAUCAACUUUGGCAAGGAUCGCUGUGGUAACCCACCCCGACAGGCUGGCAACCAGGGCCAGAACGGACAGAACCGCAAUGGUUCUGGUCUUGAAGGAGCUCAAUCUCCUCCGGCUAUCAAUGGUUUCCAGCAGAACCUUAGCCAAUCGGGAUCUCAGUCUAGCCCAACCCGCCCUGCUUUGUCCCCUGCGCCUGGCUCCACUGGCUCCAACGGUCAACAACGACACCCUCUGCAGACAGUAUCGUCCCCCUCUGGUGUACUGAAUGUGGGUUCAAACAACCCCCUCACCAUGUACCUCAGCCAGAUGUCUGCCCAACAUGCACAGGACCAAGAGAACCGUCUCCAUGAUCCGAUGGUCUUGGCCGGUCUGCAAGGUCAAUCACAGCAGUCACUAUACAACGGAGUUAGCAACGGCGAUCUCUCUAAUGGACAUAUCGAUACGUCUUUGCACCAACACCAACACCAGCAUCAUCAACACCAGCACCAGCACCAGCACCAACAUAAGCCUUCAGCCAACGGUUACCUGAGUGUGGGUACUGGCUCAUCCGGCCCUGGUCACCAUGCUACUGCCAGCACCAGCAGUCUAAGUGUUCCUCGGGCACAGCACUCCCGGGCUGUGAGUCUACCCUCAUUCUCCCAAGAGCCCUUUGGGCCAGUCUCAGGACAACCGGGUCACAUCCGCACUGGAACACAACACCACCCUCAGAGUAGCUUCUCCGGCUACUCGUCUGGUCUUGGUGGACUGAACCACUCCGGAUUCGGACUGGCUAUCCAAAAUGAAAACUCUCUACCUGGCUGGGCAGAAGAGGAGAUUGGAGCUAAAUAA